AUGUGCGAUGGCGUCAUGUCUCCGCCCCCGGGGGACACCCAGCCUCAGAACGCCCCUGUGGCAGAGGAAAGACUAUUCUACUCUAUGGUUUCAGCUUGGCAUGAUUUGGAUAACACAGAGUUUGAUUGCUGGCCUAAUGAUAAUCCUAAUGAGCAGAAUAUGGUUGACUGUAUGGGUCUGGAAAUGGCCUGGAUCGAGCGCCCUCCUGAGAGAGUUAUUACCGGAAAUGAGUUUAAUGUCAGCUAUAGCGUGUCCGUUCCCGACAGUUUCUAUCAAAAAGCUGUCACAGUUCUCAUAUAUUGUGACUCUUUUUCUAGUAAUGCCAGUGCAGCAAAACAGUUCUGUGAAGAACAUCAGUGUCCCUCAGACUGGAAAUAUGCUACGGCGGAAAAUUGCUGCAUCUACCAUGCAAACAUCCACUCCUGCCCUAUGGCAUAUAUGAAACAACAAGGGAUCUGCGGCCCGUGGAUCCCUGAUGACGGUAAAAUUGUAACUCACACCAUUUCCCAAGCAGGGAAAAUGACCCAGCAGAACUGGACAAGUAAGGUUGUUCUGGUCCACCUUGGCGUGACUUCAUUAAUCGCUCAUAUCAAAAUUGGCAGCUUUCAGGCAGCGUUAGAAUCGGAGUCCACAGUGCUGAGCGGAAACGUGUGCGGUGAUGAUGUCUGCAGUCCAGAUGAAAUCUGUGCCCUUUGUCCAGCGGACUGCGGCCCCUGCCCGAUGCCAACCUCUGUGAAGAUCGCUAUAGCGCUUCCUCUCACCCUCUUCUGCAGUGGCUUCAUCUGUGCUAUUGUGUGGUUCCAGUACCAAAAGCAGAAGAUGCUAUGGGACGAGAGCUGGAUCCUCACCGUGAAAGACUCACCUGGAGAUGCUUUCUGGAACGAGUUGGGCAGCACCAUCAGUUUGAAACAGAAUAAUAACACAAAUCUGGGACAAAAGCAGGAGUUACUGGCAAACACGGUAUACAUGUGUGGCUCGGCUACGGAAAAUUUCAUCCAGACUGGGAUCUAUGAUGGACGAAUAGUAUCAGUAAAGAGAAUAUAUAAGAAGAAUUUUACCAUCACUAAAACAAUCAGGAAAGAAGUACAGCAUGUCCGGAAGUUGGAUCAUCAGAAUCUCUGUAAGUUCAUUGGAGGAUCAACAGAAGGAAACAUCUUCAUCAUCACAGAAUAUUGCCCCAAAGGCAGCCUGGCUGAUGUCCUGCUGAACGAUGAUGUUCCUCUAAAUUGGGGCUUUCGGCUUUCUUUUGCAACGGACAUUGCGCGAGGAAUGGCGUAUCUUCACCAUCACAAAAUCUACCACGGAAGGCUGACGUCCCGCAACUGUGUCAUCGAUGAUCGCUGGGUCUGUAAGAUCUCAGACUACGGGCUGAUGGUCUAUAGAAGAGACGGUCUCAAAGAAUUGAUGGAGAAAAAGCCUGUGCACAUCUACUGCCCCCCGGAGGUCAUCCAGAGUAACAGCACCUAUGUAGUACCCACACCAGCUGGAGAUGUUUAUAGCUAUGCCAUCGUACUAGUUGAAAUUGCAAGCAGGAGUGAUCCCUUCCCAGGGGAUGCCUACAUGAAAGAUGUGAGCUGGAGACCACCAAUUCCUGAGCUGAGCGCAGGCAAGUCUGACGAGGACUGCCCAAACCCGGCUGAUUACUCCGAGCUGAUAAAGAGAUGCUGGGCACACAAUGCUAUGAUGAGACCUUCGUUUGAGCAAAUUAAGAAAAGUUUAGAUAAAAUGAAUCCUCACCGCGUCAGCCCUGUGGAUAUGAUGAUGAAUUUGAUGGAGAAGUACAGCAAACACUUAGAAGCCAUUGUAGCUGAGAGGACACAGGAUCUUUUACAAGAGAAACAAAAAACGGACCGUCUUCUAUACAGUAUGCUGCCGAAGCCGGUCGCUGAUGAUCUCCGCCAAGGUCUCACAUGUGAAGCUCAGAGCUAUGCUAAUGCAACUGUUUAUUUCAGUGACAUUGUGGGCUUCACGUCACUGUCUGGGGCCAGCACACCUCACCAAGUGGUCAACUUCCUCAACAAGCUGUACACCCAGUUUGACGACAUUAUUGACAAUUAUGAUGUGUACAAGGUGGAAACUAUCGGAGAUGCAUAUAUGGUGGUAUCUGGUGUCCCAAAGGAAAACGGUGUGAUGCAUGUGUCAGAGAUUGCAAGUAUGGCUUUGGAUCUCGUCACUGUUUGCCACUCAUUCAAGAUCCCUCAUAUACCAGACGCUAAGUUGAAGAUCAGAGCUGGAGUACAUUCAGGUCCUGUAGUGGCCGGGGUGGUUGGCUCCAAGAUGCCUCGUUACUGUUUGUUUGGAGAUACGGUCAACACAGCAUCAAGGAUGGAAUCUACCAGUGAAGCCUUAAAAAUUCAGUGCAGUUCCAGUGCUGCCGAUCAGCUCAAGCAAAUUGGGGGUUAUAUCCUGGUCUGCCGAGGAACGCUUGAUGUAAAGGGAAAAGGAACCAUGACAACGUGGUGGCUGGACGGGAAAGAAAAAUCAGGAAAUAUAAAUAUUUGA